CCAAGACACAAACUCAAGUGCUCUAUUGUGUAGUGUUGUUCUUGAACAUCCUUAUUUUUUUGUUAACGUUCGUUUUAAAUGAAAAACGAGGAAAUUGAUAAUUCCCUCCUCAAUAUUCUCUUCCCCAAGCACCAAUGCUAACGUUAAUCUUGGCUUCAACCAUAAGAGAAUUGGAGAAUCUCUUCUUGCCCACUUUCAGAAACUGCACCCACUUAAAAACGUUGAAGAAAAUCCACGCCCUCAUCGUCAAGUUUUCCCUGUCGCAGAGCAACUUCUUGGUCACCAAAAUGGUCGAUGUCUGCGACAAGACCGGGCAAGUUGAGUACGCUAGUUUGCUCUUCCAACAAGUGGUCCAAGGAAACGUUUUUUUGUACAACGCAAUCAUCAAAGCCUACGCUAAUAAUAGUAGAUAUUCUCUAGCUUUGAUUCUCUAUAAGCAAAUGGUGAGCCAAAUUUCGGAAGAUGAGAAGAAUCCCAUGUUGCCCAACAAGUUUACGUUCCCGUUUGUGGUGAAAUCUUGUGCUGGGCUUCUUUGUGUUUCUCUGGGCAGGCAAGUUCAUGCCCAUGUGUGGAAGUUUGGGACGAAGUCUCAUUCCAUUACUGAUAAUGCACUUAUGGAUAUGUACAUGAAAUGUGGUAGUUUGGAAUAUGCGCAUAAGUUGUUUGAGGAAAUGCGUGAGAGAGAUUUAGUCUCUUGGAAUGGUUUGCUUUCGGGGUAUGCUAGAUUAGGACAGAUGAGGAAGGCCAGAGAAUUGUUUGAGGAAAUGCCUGAUAAGAGUAUUGUCUCUUGGACAGUGCUGAUUUCUGGGUACGUCGGGAUAGGAUGCUAUUCUGAGGCGCUGGAGAUUUUCCGGGAAAUGCAAAUGUUGGAUAUUGAGCCCGAUGAGGUCAGUGUUAUAUCGGUGUUGCCGGCGUGUGCGCAGCUCGGAGUUCUUGAGAUUGGGAAGUGGAUUCAUAUUUACUCAGAUAAGAAUGGCUUGUCGAGGUCAACUGGGGUUUGUAAUGCUCUGAUUGAAAUGUAUGCAAAAUGCGGUUGUAUUGAUCCAGCGUUGCAGUUGUUCGAGAAGAUGAUGGAGAGGGAUGUUGUUUCUUGGAGUACAAUGAUUGGGGGGCUGGCGAAUCAUGGUAAAGCUCAUGAGGCAAUUGAACUCUUUCGAGACAUGCAGAGAACACGAAUUGAACCUAAUGGGAUUACAUUUCUUGGUCUUCUAUCAGCCUGCAUACAUGCCGGUUUUUGGAAUGAAGGACUUAAGUACUUUGAUUCCAUGAGAAAGGAUUAUCAUUUGGAGCCUGAAGUUGAACACUAUGGUUGUUUGGUUGAUCUUCUUGGACGCUCGGGACGCCUUGAUCAGGCUCUUGAGAUAGUAAAGAAAAUGCCCAUGAAACCCGAUUCAAAGAUUUGGGGUUCUUUGUUGAAUUCCUGCAGGAUUCAUUGCAAUGUUGAAAUUGCUAUCGUUGCCAUGGAACACCUUUUAGAGAUUGAACCAGAUGAUAUAGGGAACUAUGUGUUGCUUUCCAAUGUUUACGCGGAAGUUGGGAUGUGGGAGGGGGUGUCAAAGAUCAGGAAACUCAUAAGAAGCAAGAGCAUGAAGAAAACCCCAGGGUGCAGUUUGAUCGAAGUUAAUAAUGUGGUUGAAGAGUUUGUAUCAGGUGAUGAUACGAAACCAUGUUCCAAAGAUCUUUUCUCAAUGCUAGAGCUGCUUGUUUCCCAUCAAAACGUUACUAACAAGGACAUGAUAGGAAUCGCAUCAGAGGAUUGUAGUGAAAGCAUACCCUCAAGCUAACAGACGUUAGAAGCAAUUUAUGAGUGCGACCACAGAAUGUUUUAACUGUUAAAAUAACAAUACCAUUUUGGGCAGAAAGAUGGGUUCUUGUUAAAAAUCAAGAAACUUCUUCAGAAGCUCAAAUCAGUCUUUGCCCGAACCGCAAAUGGCUCCCUCUAAUGGCUCCUCAGCUACUCAUGAGAUUGUGAAAGUUCAAAGAGGCACUCGAUUUGGUGGAUGAUCGGUAAUGUAUGGGAUUAUUGUUAUUAUAUGUACACGCACAGAAUAUAUUUGGACGUAUCAUCAGCAGACUGCAAGAAGCAAAGCUUCAUAGACUCUACUAAUCCUUAUAGAA